CCAGGCCCGGGCGGCGCCGAAGCGCUUGGCGGGAGAUAGGAAAGUGCUUCUGUGCGCGCCGGUGGCGGCCACAGUUCCUGCGAGCGGUCGGCGGGACCUGCGGGUACUCUGACACCUCGGAGCACGGCCCAGGGCCCGGAGCGGCCGGAGCAGUUCGUGACCUGACCCCGGCCCGGCUCCCGCUCCGGGCUCAGCCGCGGGCGGGCGAGCGCGGCGCGGCCCGGGCCGGGGGGAUGUCUCGGCGGACUCGCGGUGAGGAGCUUGAUGAGCUGCACUACCAGGACAUUGACUCAGACGUUCUGGAGCAGAAAGACAGCAAGUGCAAGGUUAAAUGGACCCAUGAAGAGGAUGAGCAGCUGAGGGCUCUGGUGAGGCAGUUUGGACAGCAAGACUGGAAGUUCUUGGCCAGCCACUUUCCCAACCGCACGGACCAGCAAUGCCAGUACCGAUGGCUGAGGGUUUUGAAUCCAGACCUUGUCAAAGGGCCAUGGACCAAAGAGGAAGACCAGAAGGUCAUUGAGCUGGUCAAGAAAUAUGGCACAAAGAAGUGGACGCUGAUUGCCAAGCACCUGAAGGGCCGGCUGGGGAAGCAGUGCCGGGAACGCUGGCACAACCACCUCAACCCUGAGGUGAAGAAGUCCUGCUGGACUGAGGAAGAGGACCGCAUCAUUUGUGAGGCCCACAAGGUGCUGGGCAAUCGAUGGGCCGAGAUUGCCAAGAUGCUGCCGGGGAGGACAGACAAUGCCGUGAAGAAUCACUGGAAUUCCACCAUCAAAAGGAAGGUGGACACGGGAGGCUUCCUCAGUGACUCCAAAGACUGCAAACCUCCUGUGUACUUGUUGCUGGAGCUCGAAGACAAGGACAGCCACCAGAGUGCCCAGCCUGCAGAAGGCCAGGAAAAUCUCAUGACCAGCUGGCCCUCAGCAUCUAUUACCAUAAAGGAAGAGGAGGGUAGUGAGGGGGAAGCUGUGGCAACUGCCAUGUCUAAGGAGCAGGAGCCUGUCCCUGCAGAGCUGGAUGGAGUGCACACCCCAGAGCUGCUGGAGGAGUUCCCCAAGCAUGAAGACCAGGAGGGUUCCCCCCCAGAAACCAGCCUACCCUACAAGUGGGUGGUGGAGGCUGCAAACCUCCUCAUCCCUGCUGUGGGGUCCAGCUUCUCUGAAGCCCUGGACUUGAUCGAGUCGGACCCCGAUGCUUGGUGUGACCUGAGUAAGUUCGACCUCCCUGAGGAGUCCUCUGUAGAGGGCAGCGUUGACAGCAGCUCAGGGCAGCCCCAAGCAUUAUUACAGCAGCAGCAACAGGCACUGCCAGUCCGCCAGCCCGCUGCCUCGGCACCGAACGUCACAGAGUACCGCCUGGACGGCCACACCAUCUCGGACCUGAGCCGGAGCAGCCGGGGUGAACUGAUCCCUAUCUCCCCCAGCACUGAAGUGGGAGGCUUGGGUAUUGGCACACCACCCUCCAUGCUCAAGCGGCAGAAGAAGCGGCGAGUGGCUUUGUCCCCUGUCACAGAGAACAGUGCCAGUAUGUCAUUUUUGGACUCCUGCAAUAGCCUCACCCCUAAGAGCACACCUGUAAAGACUCUCCCCUUCUCACCCUCUCAGUUCCUGAACUUCUGGAACAAACAGGAUACUCUAGAGCUGGAGAGCCCCUCACUGACGUCCACUCCAGUAUGCAGCCAAAAGGUGGUAGUCACCACGCCCCUGCACCGGGACAAGACACCCCUGCACCAGAAGCAUGCUGCGUUUGUAACCCCAGAUCAGAAGUACUCCAUGGACAACACUCCCCACACGCCAACCCCGUUCAAGAACGCCCUGGAAAAGUAUGGACCACUGAAGCCCCUGCCCCAGACCCCGCACCUGGAGGAAGACUUGAAGGAGGUGUUGCGUUCCGAGGCUGGCAUUGAGCUCAUUAUCGAGGAUGACACGAGGCCUGAGAAACAGAAGAGGAAGCCCGGACUGCGGAGGAGUCCCAUCAAGAAAGUCCGAAAGUCCCUGGCUCUUGACAUCGUGGAUGAGGAUGUGAAGCUGAUGAUGUCUACACUGCCCAAGGCUCUGUCCUUGCCAGCAAAUGUCCCAUCCAGCUCCUCCAGCCUCUCCUUGCCAGGUGUCAAAGAAGACAACAGCUUGCUCAACCAGGGCUUCCUACAGGCCAAGCCUGAGAAGGUGGUAGCCCAGAAGCCCCGAGGCCACUUUCCAGCCCCUGCCCCUAUGACCAGCGCCUGGAAGACAGUGGCCUGCGGGGGGACCAGGGAUCAGCUCUUCAUGCAGGAAAAAGCCCGGCAGCUUCUGGGCCGCCUGAAGCCCAGCCACACAUCGCGUACCCUCAUCUUGUCCUGAAGGGCCUGGAGGGCACGUACCUGUUUCUCAUGUUUACAGGGGUUGGGGGUGGUGGAGGGGUCUGGAUUCAAGAGUCACAUUCAAGUGAGACCAACUACAGGGAGCCUUCUGCCACCAGCCCCUCUUCUACUGACUGCUCAGGUGGUGACAGGAGGGCCACACACUGUCCUGUCACCAAAUCCUGGUGCUAACAGAACAAAGUCCCACUCCUGGGCCUGCCUGUCCCCCCCAGUGCCACAGGGAGCAAGCCUUAUUGCCUUCUCCCAAGUUCAGGCCUAGGUCAGGCCUGGCCUCAUCUCAGACCCCUGCGUGGGACAGGGCUGGGUGCUCUUUUUCUCAACCUCUGUUGGUACUUUUUCUUGCAAAAAUAAAAUUGCCUUUCUCCUUGUG